AUGCCCUCUCUUCUCACCCGUCUAAGGACAGCCGCGAAGUCUGGCCGUAAUGCUUUGCUCCCAUCCGGCGAUGCAAUCUCUCAUAUCCCCAUCUUGGACAUGCUUGCGCAUAACUGGCACCUAGGAUUCACGUCGUUUGGAGGACCAGCCGUACAUUUUCAGAUCUUCCAUCAAUUGUUUGUAGAAAAGUACCAAUGGCUCGACGAGACUUCUUACCAGGAAAUGUUUGCUCUUUGCCAGGCACUCAGUGGACCGGCCAGUACGAAGAUGCUCUAUGGGAUCAAUGUUCUACAUUAUGGCUUCUGGAUUGGAACCGCGGCUUUUUUUGUUUGGAGCCUCMCAAUGGCACUCGCGGCGUUCGGGCUGGCGGUGGGGAUUUCCAGCAUUGGCGAGCAGCUACCAGCUCCAGUCUAUGCUUUGCUCAGCGGACUUAAUGCCGCCACUGUGGGAAUCAUUGCACUCGCUGCUAUGCAGCUGAGCAAGAAGGCCAUCACAGACACCCUAACUCGAACGCUGGUGUUCCUGGGUGCUGCAGCAGGCAUGCUGUACAACAGCCUGUGGUACUUUCCCGUUUUGAUGGUCGCGGGGGGAAUAUCGACAGUUGUGUGGGAUCUUAAACUCUUGCGUAAGGUCUGGACUUUCCUCCGACCCAGCAAGAGCGCAGCCAGUAACAUGGAGAACACCCCGAGUGAAUCGAUUGAGCUUGAGUCUCGCAAGCAGGACACCGAGGCGAACGACUCGGGACUGCACGCAAGAUCCACCGACAAGAAGGACGCCACAGAGACUGCCCUCGGUGAAGAUGAACUCCAAACUGAGCUACCCCGGCUCUCACCAAAAGGGGCGGGCUCUUGGAGGACCGGAUUAAUGGUUCUCGGUGCUUUUUUCGCAUCUUUCAUCAUAGUCAUGGCAUGUCGCGGUGCUUUCAGUGGCCGGACUCGCGGAUUUGAUCUAUUCGCAAACUUCUACCUUGCCGGUACUAUAAUCUUCGGUGGAGGUCCGGUGGUGAUUCCACUAUUGCGCGAGUACGUUGUAGAGCCAGGAUGGGUAUCCCCCAGGGAUUUCAUCCUAGGUCUAGCGAUCACGCAAGCUUUUCCGGGGCCCAACUUCAACUUUGCGGUCUUUUUGGGUACUCUCGCCGUAAGUGGAACUCCUAUACCACAGGUGGCUGGCGCUAUCAUUGGCUUUCUGGCAAUCUUCGCUCCCGGCAUAUGGAUGUACACUGGGAUGAUCGGAAUCUGGGCAAGCGUGCGGAAAAUACACGGGGUGAGGGCUUGCUUGAGAGGAAUUCAUGCCGUAGCAGUAGGCUUGGUUUUUGCAGCAGUGUAUCGCAUCUUUGAGAUUGGCUAUCUCGACGAGCAAACUCCCAAUGGUGGAAGUCUUAGCCGAGAUCCGUGGUGGGUGGUCAUCGUUGCGACGAGCUUCGUGGGUGGCAUGCAUUACAAGCUUUCGCCGCCGCUGGCGGUCGCAUUAGGCGCAGUCAUGGGUUUGAUUUGGUAUGGAGUGAAUCUUGGCUGA